UAUGCGCAGAACCUUUCGAUCCGCAGUAACUACUAGUUCAAUAGGAAAGCUUCAUUGCAUGUGCUGAACUCCUCGAACAUUUAUAAACAAACACACCGAGCUGAAGCUUAAGAACUUUAGGAUACCACGGUGUCCUGUUUCGCACAGUGGUUAGAUAAGUUGCCCACAAUGUUUCAGUGGUUUUGUGUUCUGCUCGUGGCUAUAGCAGCUGCCGUUCAUCCUUGCCGGUCAGAAGCAGAAUUGGGUGGUUGGCAGCAAUGGCGCCAACCAUUCAUUAACUCUCUUGGACCCAGAGCAGGUCCUCCUGGGAAAUGUGUGACUCGUAAUGGACGGGUAUACGAGACUGGCGAAGUAUGGAGGCCCCAUGACUGCAAGCGAUGCAUGUGUGCUGGUGGGAAGAAGGUCUGCGUACGAUCAAACUGCAAAGAACCUGACACCUGCAGCACUGGUCAGCAUUCGGUGAAAGUUGCUGGUUACUGCUGCAGGCAGUGUCGGCAGUUAGUCCCCCGUAACUGUACAGGACCCAAUGGUGAACGACGGCAGCACAAUGAGACAUGGCAUCCCACAGACUGUAGCACAUGCGAUUGUGUUGAUGGUAGAACACGAUGUCGGUCAUCUUUUUGUCCAACACCGAUAUGUGAUGAAGGUUAUGAGGCAGUUAAUGUAGAGGGACUUUGUUGUAACCAGUGCGUGGAGAUACCAGCGGCAAACGAACUCCCUGUUCCAAGAGUUGUGGCAGCCCCUGCCAACUGUACAGGACUCGAUGGUGAACGACGUCAGCACAAUGAGACAUGGCAUCCCACGGACUGUAGCACAUGCCAUUGUGUUGAUGGUAGAACACGAUGUCGGUCAUCUUUUUGUCCAACACCGAUAUGUGAUGAAAGUUAUGAAGCAGUGGAUGUAGAGGGAUUAUGCUGCGACCAAUGUGUGAAAAGAGGACCUGCUGACUGUACAGUACCUGGCACUGGGGGUGAACGACGUCAGCACAAUGAGACAUGGCAUCCCACGGACUGUAGCACAUGCCAUUGUGUUGAUGGUAGAACAAGAUGUCGGUCAUCUUUUUGUCCAACGCCGAUAUGUGAUGAAGGUUAUGAAGCAGUGGAUGUGGAGGGAUUAUGCUGUGACCAGUGCGUGGAUAUACCAGUGGCCAACAAUCUCCUGGUGGCGAGCGUCGUGUCAGCCCCUGCCAACUGUACAGGACUCGAUAGUGAACGACGUCAGCACAACGAGACAUGGCAUCCCACAGACUGUAGCACAUGUGAUUGUGUUGAUGGAAGAACAGGUUGUCGGUCAUCUGUUUGUCCAACACCGACAUGUGAUGAAGGUUAUGAAGCAGUGGAUGUAGAGGGAUUAUGUUGCGACCAAUGUGUGAAAAGAGGACCUGCUGACUGUGUAGUACCUGGCACUGGGGGUGAACGACGCCAACACAACGAGACAUGGCAUCCCACGGACUGUAGCACAUGCCAUUGUGUUGAUGGUAGAACACGAUGUCGGUCAUCUAUGUGUCCAACACUGAUAUGUGAUGAAGGUUAUGAAGUAGUGGAUGUGGCGGGAUUAUGCUGUGAUCAAUGUUUGAAGAUACGGUAUGUUAGGCCACCAUUUUUACCAUAGAAACCAAGUGUGAUAUUGUGCAUAGCAUAUUGCCUUGCACACAGUGCAGCGCUUUCCUGUCUCAGUGUCCAGAUUGUGCGAAUAUCCUUUUACUUUGAAAUGUGCGUAAUCUCCACCGCAGUCACUUCAUUACAUGAAAAACCUCCCCCCCCCCACCCCCAUCCUUGUACUUCUAUUUUUAUUAAUUACUUGCAGGUCUUUCAUCUGAUGUAGUGACGAAUAAUAGCUCUGAGUUUUCGUGCUGCGAUCAGCAGCAAGUCCAGCCCCGUUCUCACACAUAAUUACUCGUGCGCUAUGAUACCCCUCAGUAUUUCUCACCUUGCUCCAUCUUAUGUUUAGGCUGCCCGUCUUGGCGAUCGGCAAUGAUUUCCAUUAUUGCGAAAGCGGUGUUGAUAUUCUUUAUACCGGUACUGGUGCAUGUUAUUUACUAGGUUCAGCUCACUAGGCCUUUGGGUAAAUCAGACGAGAGCCAGACCUCAAAGUAAUAGUUGGCGAGAGGUCAUUUCUUUCGCAUAACACUCUGGACCAUGGUUCGUGGGCCGUUGAGGGAGUACCAUUCUAUCCUCCACACAAUUGUCGCUGUGUCAACUUUACUACCUCUGGAAUGUGGUAGUGGGCGAUCUCCCACAUAAUACGCAGCACAUAUCAACCAGACAUUGCAUUUUGACAUUGUCCUGGCAGAGCACGAACCUGUAACGUCGCAAACCACCUCAUCAUGCACUCAUCCCCUAUCUUUUUCUUUCAACUUCACGACAACGGACUUCACCACGCGGGACGGUGUCAAAACAAUGCACAGAUAGAUGCUAUGCGCUGUCCGGGGGCCAACAGUACGAGGUCACACCGUGGUCAGGCGUUGACAGUCACUGGACCUUGGUUGCGGGUCUGCAGACAGGGAAAAUAUUCAGAGACGCGCAACCCUUGGACAUGCAUGUAGGCGUACUGUACAGCGCCUCGCGAACAGAUUUCCCUUGCACGCACCUAAUAGGCUAUCUGCUUCAUUUGUACUGGCUAAUUCUAGACCAGGUAUUGCGCCACACAAAGUGAAGGCUAGAACGAGGAUGUGUCAACACAUAUCUUUGCACACUGAUUCAAACACGAGAAAACGUCUACACAAGUCGUAUGUUAUAUGCGGGUUGCUAGCCAGAUCGAACCCAGCUAGCUCCAACCAAAAGAACACUUGAAGCCUUGUGUUGUAAACGACGCAGUUGACACUAGCAGACGAACUUGACUCUUGUCUUGACCAUAGCAGCUAGGAUGUCUAAGCUACUCCUCUCGGUACUAACAGUUAUAUUUCUUGCCGGCCACCCAUCUCAAGCGGCUUCCAUUGGGAAUCCUCUCACGUUUCCGGACACUCCUGAAGAUCCUGAUAUUCCUCCGAAUGGAACCUGUUUUGACUACUCUAACGGUGGACUGAGAAGUUGGGGUGAGCGUUGGCCUUUCGGAGAUUGUGGGUACUGUCGCUGUGAGGAAGACGGUGGCGUAGGAUGUAUGUCAUCCGACUGCCCUAACCCUACUUGUCAGGAUGGCCAUGAAAUUGUGGAUAUACCUGGUCAAUGCUGCGACGAAUGCAAGAAAAUACCAGAUCAUGGCUCUGAAGAUAGUUCCUGCACAGGAUGGAGCGGAGAGAGAAGGGAGGCGAAGGAAACCUGGCAUCCACAUGAUUUCGACUGUGCGGUGUGCAAAUGUGGCCAGGCUGGCCGGGCGGAAUGCAACUGGACUACCUGCGAAACGCCCGUGUGCGAGUUUGGUAUAGUUGACGUGCCUGGCCAGUGCUGUCAUACUUGCCGGGAGUUGGAAGGUUGUGUCGAUGAAACUGGAGUAUUUCGAAGAGAUGGCUCUCAAUGGUUUCAGCGUGACUACUGCACUGUGCAGUUGUGCCAGUGCAGUCAUGACAGGGCAACAUGUACCGUAGUAGACCUGUGCCCUCAGAGCUGCCAGCCUGGCUAUGCGUUGACGUUCACCUCGGGCCAAUGCUGUCGCGAAUGUCACCCUAUUGAAUCCCUGCAGAACUGCACGCAAGUUGGGCAUGAACCCCGUCAGCACAAUGAAGAAUGGGCACUGGACGACUGCGCAAGAUGCACUUGCGAUAAUGGAAGUAUUGGUUGCAUGGGGUCCAGUUGCAUGGAUCCUUCGUGUCCUCACGGCUUCGAGAUAUUCGAUGUCCCCGGACAAUGCUGCCAUGAGUGUCGUGAAAGGGCAGCGUGCAAGGAGCCGGAUGGGAGGAUACGUUUGCAUGGAGAAGAGUGGAUGCGAAAUUGCACAAGCUGUUUUUGUGACAAUGGAUUGGAAAUUUGUCUCCGGCAUCAGUGCCCAAUCAAUGUAUCCUGAUGGCUUGCCCGGUGGGCCAUGGGAUACGUCGAUGGCCAAAGUUUCCCUGACUGAAUCUAGUGCCGUUCUGGACGCACACAAGCCCCCUGGACUUUGUACUGUACAUGUAGGCUGUAGCUCAUUACUCCAGAACCAUGACAACGGCGUCGCGUAAGUUUUAAAAGUAGACACCUUGAACUCUCUUCUGAAUGACAUAAUCGCGUCCUACACCAUAGCUGUUGUGGUUUUUUUGGGGGAGUUCUCGAUUUCUCUCUUAUCAGUUUUCAAUGCCAUGCACCGUACAUGCACAUCAAUGUCAGCCAGGAUACAUCAAUAAUAAUAUUAUUACUAGUACUUGAAGUACUUUAUUAGCAGGGUACAGAUACACUUGGAACGUAUGAUCUCUUUGCUGCAGACAAUCCUUUCUCCAUAAUUCACCAAAUGUUCGGGGAUAACCUAACGCUAUCUCCACUGGUUUAAGGGUGAGCAAUCACACGAUAUGGCAGACCGUUCAUCACCUCUUCAAUAGAUCGAAUUCUCUUCCGCCCAUACAUGCAUCUCCCGCAGCAUAGCUUAUCUUUACGUGCCUAUACUCUGCCUCAUUAUCCAUGGCAUUCCUUUCAAAAAAUACCAGGGGUGAAAAAACUAGAAUACACACUUUUCUGCUGUCCCAAAUCAAUACAUUUUCCUUUCUUUAUAUUUGUAUUGGGCAUUGCUAGCUAAUUUCUAUCCAUUAUUGACUUUUGUGUACUGUUACAUAUUGUUCAUCCACCAUCA